UUGUUUUGUAAUCCUAUCCAUAAAAUUGAAGUCGUAAAUAAAUCGUUAAAGUUUGUUAUUAACUUCGAAAUCAAUACGUAGGUCCUCAUAACUGAUUCAAACAAGAAUAAUAACUCCAAACGAGAACCUUCCUACUGGUAGGGGUAGCGAUUAUUUCUCAAGACCCGUCUAUUUCUUAAAAAAAUCAAUUACGUAGGUAAUAAUAAAAAUAGAUCCUUGAAGCUUCUAUCGUAGAUUUAAAGGUCAUGUUGAGGGACGAACAUGAUUUACAAACAAUGGUUUGCACAUGCGCGGCAGGCCCCGGCAGCGGCGUCACUCAGUGAGCGCGAGCCGCGAGGGUGCCGCCAUGCCGGGCGGACGGCGCCGGCCGCCGGGACGCGCACCGCCUCUGCCUGCAUUCUCUAUUUAUAUCGACAAUUCACCCCCCGCCUCGUCUCACGCCUGCGCAUAGCGCAUCCCAAAACGACGAAAGUGAAAAUUGCACAUCAUGAUAGCGCCCGGUGCACCGCGUCGUUUCGCAGGACUAUUGCUGCAAACACAGUGCUAAUUAUUAGGCUGAACGUAGAGUGAGCGCUGGCGUGUAGUGCGCCGCGAGGAUGGCAGUCGGGCGCCCGGCGAGCCACUUGACAAGCACUGCGGUAUUUCUGCGUCACAUAUCAGCUGAUUUACCGGCGAGGGGCGCGCGCUCGUGACGUUUCUGGCAAGUCGCGUGCCGCGGGCCGGCGGCGCGAUGGCGUCCACCAUGCAGCUCGAGUUCACGCAGGCGAUGACCGACUUUAAGACGAUGUUUCCAGAUAUGGACGACGAUGUUAUAGAAGCAGUGUUACGCGCUAAUCAAGGGGCAGUCGAUGCCACUAUAGACCAGCUUCUAGCGAUGAGUACAGACAACCAAAAUGAAAGGUUACGACUUGAAAUGGAGAGAGUUGAAGGUAGCACACCGUCCCGGCGCAAAGAUCGCCGCUCGGGCGGUAGAGCUUCUGAUAAUGGUGAAGACAACGACACUACAGCACUAGUAGAUGUUGAAGACGAAUCAAUCCCUUUAGCAGUAAGAAGAAAGUGGGUUCCGAGGAUGUUAGGUCCUCUACCACCGAUGUUUCUGCGAAUACCUCCUGGUACAGACGCAAGGAUAGACCUUAGCCUCGAGAUGGACGACGACCGAAUCGCCACUUUCCUGCAGAAUGAAGAGUUUAUGGCGGAGCUUCGAUGGAAUCAAGAGUUUAUGGCAGCGUUGGAUAGUGAGCAAGGACAGAAAACUAAAAGCCAUGACGAUGAAGCUGCAUUUAAGGAGAGACUAAAGAAUAUGGGAAAAUUGUCCCGGAAGAAGUUUGCCCAACUAUCGAGGAUGUUCAGCCGCGGCGGGUCGCGGCGCUCCGGCACGUCGAGGGCGCCCCCGCGCGGCCCGCCCGACAGCCUGCUGCUGCAGGAGGAGCACAGCGACGACGAAGACCGCCCCAACAACGUCAAAGUAUAACAUUACCCCAAGCAUUCGUCGUUGAGCUUUAAACGCUAGGAGAUAGCCUUAGGAAGUUACAAGGUUACGGAUAAGACUGGGUCUGUUUGUAUAUUUAGGAAGGAAUACGAUUGAUAGUAAAACCUUUUUAAUUCGCACUCUCAAGGAUCAACCAACACUAAAUCAGUUACCGCCUUCAAGAAAAUAUCAAGAUAUGAAAUCAGCGUUGUUGGUGUUGCAAUAAUUUAUAUGUGUAAUUUUACCAAUAAGUAAUUUAAAUAGUCUUCAAAUCUGUCAGAUUUAUUAGGAGCGAACUGGAAACAGUUCGCUCAGUAUCUAGAAACAUCCAGAUAAGUGGCCGCCUUGGGCCAGUUUAAUAUAUAAAACUGACUAAUACUUCCACUUCAAAUGUACCUUUUACACAAACAUACAUAAAUAAAAACAACAAAAACAUACCUUUCCAAGUAGGCAUUAUAGUGAAUUGCACGAAGGCAUCACGUCGCGCACACAACACAUGCCAUUAUGCACCCGAGGUUAAAGGCGGCCCUGGGCCAUUCCAAAUACAGGUUUUCCAGAAAUGUCUCUAUGGUGUAUCCUUAAUACUAAGAACAAAGAAUUUUCACAAUUUCACAUACAUCUUCCAAUAGAUAAGGAUAGUUGAGGAGGAUAGAGUAAACAUGGGUUAUACUAUACGGACAGCUACUUUAUACCAUCACAGAAAGUCAAUUUACAUAGAGAUGAUAAUCUGGCCUCGUCGCAUCGAUCACUUAAUUAUGCGCUCCACAAGAGCCGUCUGUACAGGCACGUAAAAGAGAGGAUGAAUAUGAAGUAAUUAUGCUACAGUAGGCGUGGGCACGUUUCAAAGAAAGGCUGAUUAAAAAAGACGUUUAAACUAACCAUCUAGCUAGAUAAUGUAAAUAACUGUUGUAGUUCAGGUAGACUGCUUCGUUUCGAUCUCUACGAAUUUUAGUGCCGUUAGAUAUUUAUUUCGUUAAGGUCAACUCGUUGAUAGAAAUCUAUAAGAUUAUUGGUAGUUGGAUUAUGCACUAACAAUACUUCUGCACGAUUGUCCAUAAACAUGUACCGUCUGAAACCUGAAUAAUAGGAAUACCGCGCAUUUAGAUGGUCUCUAUAACUGUUCAGAAUUUAAUGUUAGCCCCGACCAGCUGGGCUACUUCUCAUUUUGGAGCUUGAAUAUAAUAUUGUUAACAAUUGGAAGAGCUUUGUAUUUUUGCCAUAAUAUAUAAUCUGAAUUUAACUCAAAUGAUGCUGCUCAUAGGAGCCAUUUCAUGCGGUAAUAUACUGUCAGACAUGACAUUUCCUUAUACUCUAUAAAUAUAAGAACACAAUAGACACAAGAUAUAAUAAUAGUAUUUCAAAACACCGUUAUGACGAUCUCCUGACUUAUAAAUCAUGUAAACGGCAUGCAUUUGUUUGGUCCUGACCUAGUCAUGACCCACAGGUAGUUUGUAUUAUUAAUAUAGACAGCCGUUUAAGGAGUUAAAGCAUUGGGGAACCAGGCUGCAGCAUGACUGCCUCCGGCGCUCUCCGUCUCAAAGCAUACCACUGUAGAGCUAAGUAUUAAUUUUGUAUAGUUGUAGCUAAGUAUGUCGAGUUAAUAUUAUAUAAACAGCUCGUGUCUCA